AUGGACAAGCAAGACAAGCAACAAGGAGACCAACAGCAACAUACUAGUAUGCCUACUAGUACUGGUACUGGUAAGGGUAAGAGGAAGAGAGGAGACGAAGACUCCAGCAGCGAUGAAAACGCUUCUGCUAGUGAAAGUGCUAGCAGUACCGACACUGACAGUAGCAACGAGGAAAGUGGCUCUGAGAGCGACAAUGACAAUGACAGAAAAAUGGCUCCCACGUGUUCAACAGCAACCUUACUACCAGUACCAGUACCAGUGCCAGUAGUACCCAAAGCCUCGCUAAGGAAACCUCCCCCAGUAGCUUCCAUGCCCAACUCUGCCAAACCCAAAACUGGUACUACUGCUAGUAAGGACAAGUCCAAAGCAACCAACAAGAAAAAGAGAAAACGGUCUAGCAGUGGAAUGACUGCAGAGCAGAGAUGGGAGUGGAUGCUGGAAAGACUCGAGGAAUUCAAAGAAAAAGAAGGACAUUGCAAUGUCCCCAACAGGUACCCAGACGAUCCCUCCUUGGGGUGCUGGGUCUCGACACAACGGAGACACUACAAAAAGUCACUCACCAAUCCAGGUGAAGGAUUGAGCAAGGAAAGGGCUGCCAAACUUGUUGCCAUGGGAUUUGAAUGGACCGGAGAAAAUCCAAGGCACAAGAAUUGGGAUAUGCGAUACGAACAGCUCAAAGAGUUCAAGGAACAGUAUGGUCACGCACAGGUCCCAAUCGGUUUCGAGGACAAUGUACAACUGGCAAACUGGACAAGUACGCAAAGGCAAGAGUACAAGAACUUGCUCAAGGGCAAGCCGUCACGUCUCAACGAGAGGCGUAUCCAACUCUUGAAUGAAAUUGGAUUUGCAUGGGAACUCCAGCGCGGAGGAAGAAGACGAAGAGUCAAGGUGGCAGCAAGCAUCACUUCUUCCACCACCACAGGAACGGAUGACCAUUCGACCAACGAGUCCUCUACUGGUACUAGUACCACGACGACCACCACCACCACGGCGACCGCAAGAGAAGGUGACAGCAGGACGAGCGGACCCGGAAGAAAACGCGCUGCUACAAAGAGGCAGUCGUACAGCACGGCGCUGGUGCUGCCAGGAGUUGCCCUCCUCGGAGGAGACCAAGAUGCAUCUACUGCAUGCAUGGGGGCGCAGGCGAUUAUACCAUCUUCGGUGGUCUCUCCUGCCGGUACUAAUCAUAAUGGAGCCCAUGCCAGCGCGAGCAACAGUUCUCGGAGGAAGAAGAGGAGUCGAUCGGACGCAACAGCAUCAUCAACGGAGACCAAGCAACAGGAGAGCCCUCGAGUGGCAACAAGGGAAGACGCACAUGGACCAGGUCAGCAAGCGACUGCCGAAUCAGCUCCCCAACCAGGCAAUCCUGUUGCUGGUACCGACAGUUCUGCCUCGGAAUCGGUCGUCCAAGAUCCUGAUACGUUGCUUCGUGCUCGCGUGCUUGGGUCUCUUUUGGCCGGUGACGGUGGUGGUGGAACUGCUCAACUUGGUGCUAGUAGCCAAGUUCACUCGGCGGCGCCAGGCGUUGCAGUCAAUUUGAAUGCAUAUCAACGGGCCCUACUGUUGGCUAAUGCAACCGGGGGCCUUUCAUCGUUCUCCAUGUUCAGACAGCCGCAAAAUGCAGUGGGUGCGGAUGUUGGCUUGCCUACGAAUUCUUCAUACAACCCUUUGCAGUUGCAAUUGAAUGCACUUCUUGCUGCUGGGAACAAUAUUGGCAUCAUCAACAACAGCCUUACCCCGUUGCAACAGCUAGGAGGACUACAGCUGACAUUGGGAACAGCAAAUUCUGCGUAUUCCAACGCAUUCCUGGCUCAGGCGGCACAAGUUCUGAGGCAACCACAACAAGUCCAAGCCUCAUUGGCACCUGCCAUUGCAGCAGCUUUGCUGAUACAGCAUCAAGGCAGAGUGCAAUCACAGGACCAAGAACAAUCGGUUGUUGAAGCAAAGACAGAUGACCAUGAAUGA